CAAUCUUCGCUCACUUCCACCUCUCACAAACACGUCUUCUGUUAUCUGUUUCAAGUAUUCAUAGUCCAUAAUACCAAAAUAACCUCUUUCCUCUCUGUAAUACACACACCUCUCCCAUUUUUUUCUCCACAUCUUGCUCCUAUUUUACCCAUUCCACUUGACUCAUUAUUCCAAAUCCCUCAUCUCACCAUAUUUCUCUCCUACAACCAUUUCUCUCCCUCAGCCUCAUAAACCAACCCAUUCCCUACCCCAUUAUAAUUUUCACUAGAUCCACAUCCUUUGCUCUCAGGUGCUUGAAUAUUUUCCUCACCUCGGUUUGUUCCGUUCUGGUCCAUUCCGCUCCGGUUUUCGUAACCUCUUUAGUUUCAUCUUUCUUCUGAGGGAUAGUUGUCGGGAUUGAUUUGGUUAUAGAGAGUUUCGAGGGGAAGUUCUCCUUUUUUGAUCCGAUCUUUCACUGUCUUCUUUUGGGGGGGUAGCCGGGGCUUUUGCCUCGGCGGGUUUUAAAGCCCCCACGUUCACAAACCUAAUUACUUUCCCAUUUUAAAACAAACCCUAAAUUUUUUAACCUAAUUUUUGUUUUCCGGAAGAUAUGCCGGCUUUAGCUUGUUUUGUCGACGGCGGUGCUGCUGCACUCCUACCUCCUCCUGGAUACGCUCUCGCCGGAGAUAUCACUCUUCCGUUGCCGUUCGCAUUUUCGGCCGCCACCACAAUAACCGACAAUCCUGAUGCCACCGCCGUUCAGGAUUCCGAUUCCAGUUGGUCUCCUUCACUUUCCAGCAAGCUCUUUAAAAUUGAUGGCUGGGGCUUUCCUUACUUCGGUGUUAAUUCUGCCGGUGACAUCUCCGUUAGGCCUCAUGGCUCGGCGACGAUGUCUCACCAGGAGAUUGAUUUGCUCAAGGUUGUGAAAAAGGCCUCCGAUCCGAAAUGCUGUGGCGGACUUGGUUUACAGCUUCCUCUUCUUGUUCGGUUUCCUGAUGUUUUGAAGGAUCGUCUUGAGUCGAUUCAUGCGGCUUUUGAUGGUGCGAUUCAGUCUCAGGGGUAUGAAUCUCACUACCAAGGUGUUUAUCCUGUGAAGUGUAAUCAGGAUAGGUAUGUUGUGGAGGACAUUGUUGAAUUCGGAUCAAGGUUUCGGUUCGGGUUAGAAGCUGGGUCGAAGCCUGAAUUGCUUCUGGCUAUGAGCUGUUUGUGUAAAGGCAACAGAGAAGCUUUUCUGGUUUGCAAUGGUUUCAAAGACAGUGAAUAUAUUUCUCUGGCUUUGAUUGCGAGAAAGCUGGCUUUGAACACUGUUAUUGUUCUUGAGCAAGAGGAAGAGCUUGAUAUGGUGGUUGAGAUCAGCAACAAGCUCUGCAUUCGUCCUGUGAUUGGUGUUCGUGCGAAGUUGAGGACCAAGCAUUCUGGCCAUUUUGGUGCAACUUCUGGUGAUAAAGGUAAAUUUGGUUUAUCAACAAUUCAGAUUUUGCGUGUGGUGAAGAAGCUUGAACAAUUAGAUAUGCUUGAUUGUCUACAAUUGUUGCAUUUUCAUAUUGGUUCUCAAAUUCCCACAACUGAGUUGCUUGCUGAUGGUGUUGGAGAAGCUUCACAGAUCUAUUGUGAAUUGCUUCGUUUGGGUGCUCAGAUGAAAGUUUUGGAUAUUGGGGGUGGUUUGGGAAUAGAUUAUGAUGGUUCAAAGUCUGCUGAUUCUGAUAUAUCUGUUGCUUAUGGUUUAGAAGAGUAUGCUGCUGCUGUUGUUCAUGCUGUGAAGUAUGUGUGUGAUCGUAGGAACGUGAAGCACCCUGUGAUUUGCAGUGAGAGUGGUAGGGCCAUUGUGUCUCAUCAUUCCAUUUUGAUUUUUGAGGCUAUUGGUGCAAGUUCAAACAAUGCUCCUUCAUUGUCCUCAAUUGGAUUGCAGUAUUUAGCAGAAGGGCUCUCUGAAGAAGCACUUACAGAUUAUCAGAACAUAUCUGCUGCUACCCUUCGUGGCGAAUAUGAAGCUUGCUUGCUCUACACUGAUCAAUUCAAGAAACGUUGUGUUGAGCAGUUCAAGCAAGGGACUUUAGGGAUUGAACAGCUUGCUGCAGUGGAUGGUCUGUGUGAUUUGAUAACGGAGACAAUCGGGGCAAAGGAUCCGGUUAAGAAGUACCAUAUGAAUCUGUCUGUGUUCACUUCCAUUCCUGAUUUUUGGAGCAUAGAUCAGUUGUUUCCCAUUGUCCCAAUUCAUCGUUUGGAUGAGAAACCAACUGCAAGGGGUAUUUUAUCUGACUUGACAUGUGACAGCGAUGGGAAGAUUGACAAGUUCAUCGGUGGUGAGUCAAGCUUGCCGCUUCAUGAAUUGGAAGGACACGGCGGAGGAUACUAUCUGGGAAUGUUCUUGGGCGGGGCUUACGAGGAGGCGCUUGGUGGGUUGCACAACCUGUUUGGCGGCCCUAGUGUAGUUAGGGUGUUACAGAGCGACGGUCCACAUGGUUUCGCUGUUACGCGGGCAGUUGCUGGGCCGUCUUGUGCAGAUGUCCUUCGAGUGAUGCAGCACGAGCCGCAGCUCAUGUUUGAGACGCUUAAGCACCGUGCACUUGAGUUUAGUGGACAGCAUGAGGACGACAGUGUGGUGAAUGCAGGCGGGCUGGCGAAUAGUUUAGCUCAAUCCUUUGAUAACAUGCCUUACCUGGUUUCAUCCACAACCUGUUGCCUGAAUGCUCUCACAAACAAUGAUGGUUUUUAUUACUGUUCUGGUGACGAUUUCAGUGCAGACACUGUUUCCGUUGCCACUUCUGUUGCUGGAGAAGAUGAGAAUUGGUCUUACUGAUGUGCUUGAGUUUCGACUUUUAGAAUUCCCUUUUCAUAAUGAUGUUGUUGGUUGUUGUCAAGGUGGUCUUUUUUUUAUCAUUCUAUUUUUUCUUUUUCGUUUAGCUAAGAAUAUGAAGAAGCAGAACAGGGUCGUUAUGUGCCUUAGUUUGCAAUUUCGACUCCUUAAUGUUGAUUUCUGUCAAUCAGAUUUCUAGUUUAUUUUCUUUGUUGCCUUAAUUUUUUUUGUGUUUAGAAUAAACCAUUCAACUCCUUAUAAUUGCUGUGUUAAGAAUAAACAAUUCAACUUCAUAUUCUUUUU